AUGACAUCCUGUUGGAACAAGUUUACUUUACUUCUGUGGAAAAACUCACUUAUCCACAGACGACAUUACGUUCGAUCGGCGUUUGACAUUCUACUUCCGAUCCUAUUCAGCUCCGUGGUUUUGCUAAUUCCUACGGAAGAACUCAAACGAAAGCCCGUGCAGAAUGCAGCAGAAGAAUUUAAUGUGAUGAAUUACGAAUUUCAUCCACUGCUGGAGAGCAAGCGAACGUUACUUUAUUAUCCUCAAAGCAAUUUGGUGGAUGACAUGGUUCGGGAAGUGGCGGCAAAGUUGCAGAUAGAAAAUGCUAGACCAGUUGAAAGCUUGGAAAGUUUGAAGGCAUUACUUGAGGAAAGCAAGGCUUUUGCGGGCAUUGCUUUCGAAAACACAUUGCAGACAGCUUAUCAGCUUCCUGAAAAAAUCUCAUAUUCUAUUCUGCUCCAAACAAGUGGUUCGCUGUUUGAAGAAGACACAACGAGGAAAUCGCUGGUUAUUCAAUCGGCGAUUUUCGAAGCUCUUCUACGAAGGCUAGCUCCCGGAACUGAGCUUCCACCUAUAUCGGUAAAACUUAGAGAUUUUAGCCUUAUGCUGUUUAUGCUGAUGCUGAUGGCAUUCAGUUCCGUGUGCCUCAAUACGGUGAAAUAUGUCUGCAUCGAAAAGGAACGUCAACUGAAGGAAGCCAUGAAGGUUAUGGGGUUGCAAAGCUGGAUUCAUUGGGCGGCUUGGUUCGCGGAAGUGCUAUUAAUGCUGAUGAUAUCCAUUUCGGUAAUCACGUAUAUCUUUACUUAUUGGCAGAUAUCGAUCCUGCAACAGUCAAGCUGGAUGCUCAUUUGGAUGUUUCUUUUCGCCUACAGCAUUGCUCUAAUAUGGUUUUCCUUUCUGAUUACUGUAUUUUUUAAGAAAGCAUCCAUUGCAGCAAUAGCGGCUGGUUUAAUAUAUUUUGCUUGUGCAGCUGUGAUUAGUUCGACUGAUCGCUCCCAGCAAAGAAUAGCCGGUUCUUUGCUGUUCAACAUAGCAUUUGGAUAUGGAUUGGAAGCUAUGCUUUAUCACGAAACUGCGGGAGAUGGUCUUACUUGGUCGACCCUUGAUGAUGGUACAAAAUUCUGUCACGAAUACAGUUUGGGAAUCGCCAUCGGAAUGCUCCUGCUGGACGCAACGCUUUAUGCGAUUACGGCCCUCUACGUAGAGCAGGUUCUGCCGGGUGCAUAUGGAAUUCCAAAGCCGUGGUAUUUCCCUUUUACCCGAUCAUUCUGGGUGAAAGCGAGAAACAAACAAGUAACGGUCACUCUAGUAGAUCCACCGAGGUCUUCUUAUUACGAGGAUGACCCAGUAUCAGCACGAGCAGGAAUACAGAUUCGAAAUCUAAGCAAGGUUUUCCGUGGAGGAAAAAUUGCAGUCGCUAAUUUGACACUGAAUUUGUACGAAAACCAUAUUACGGUACUUUUGGGUCACAACGGAGCCGGAAAGACCACCUUGAUCUCGAUGCUGACGGGAAUGCUCUCAGCCACCUCUGGAUCGGCGUUAAUCAACGGUUAUGAUUUAGGGCAUGCCGAAAGAUUUCGAACUUCGCUAGGGUUUUGUCCUCAGCAUAACGUGAUCUUCGAGGAGCUAACGGUCAGUGAGCAUCUGAUAUUUGCAGCCAGACUGAAGGGAGUUGCUCGAGCUGAGAUUUCCGAGACCGUUUACCGAUAUGUUUCACUAAUCGGCUUGAAAGACCAUCGGAACGCUCGAUCUGGCUCGCUCUCGGGUGGAAUCAAACGAAAACUAUCGAUCGGUAUGGCUUUCGUUGGCAGCUCUAAGGUCGUGCUGCUAGAUGAGCCCACCGCAGGAGUUGAUCCUGCUGCACGCAGAUCGAUUUGGGAUUUUCUGCUGGCGCAGAAAAAACAUAGAACAAUACUGUUGAGUACCCACUUCAUGGACGAAGCGGACAUUUUGGGUGAUCGAAUCGCCAUCAUGGCGGACGGGAACCUAACCGCCGUUGGGUCGCCAUUUUUCUUGAAGCAAUGCUUUGGAGUGGGCUAUCGGUUAAUCUGCGUGAAAGGGACAAACCCGAAAGUGGAUAAAGUUAUGAAAAUUUUGCAUACAUUCCACGAUGAUGUUAAGAUAGAUGCGGAAACCAACACUGAAGUAUCGUUCAUACUAAGGCAAGGCUCAGCCCAGAAUAUGGAAAAGCUUCUGAAUCAGAUAGAUGCUGAGCUGGAGGCAUGUGGGAUGAAAAGCUACGGUAUUGGAUUGACAACGAUGGAGGACGUAUUUUUAAAGGCUGGCAGCGAUUCGUUCGUUUUAAAAUCCUCAGAAGAUUUACAUCAAAUAGAUUUAACUGUUGAAACAAGCUACGCUGGAAAACAAGUAAAACUUCUGAAAGGAGUAAGGCUAACUAUCAAUCGAAUCAAGGCAUUGUUUUUAAAGAAACGGAUUUGCACGAAAAGAAGCUGGAUUAAGCACGCAAUCCAAAUUUUACUUCCUGCUGCAAUCACCAGCUUGCUACUGAUGAAUCACCUUGAAGAUCCAAGCCUUAAAACUUCGGUAAAUAUUUUAGACAACCAAAUUGGCGAGCAGCCUGUUGUAGAUAAUUAUCGCCAGCUUGUCGGCAGUCGCCAUUUGAGUGAAACGCCAUUUGACAUGUUUGAAUUGAUCAAUCGGAAACUCAUUGAAACCGACUCAUUUGACGACAAUCAACUGCGAAUUGGUGCAACGUUUUCAAACAAUGGUUACACUGCAUGGUUCAAUGGUAUGGAUACUAGCCUUGCGACGGAAUCCUUGAAUCACUUGCACAAUGCCGUACUACAGUUGAAUUGCCCUUUUUGUAGAAUCACAGCUUCCAUUCAAAUAACAGACAAACACGAACAUCCCAUCAAUAUUGUGUACCUUAUCAUAACGGUAUUGUUCACAAUAUCAUUCAUUUCUGCGAUGUUCAUUUCGUUCUACAUCCGCGAACGUGUUUCCCAAGUGAAACUCCAGCAACUACUAACCGGUUUAUCCAGCGAACUAUUCUGGAUUGUCAACUUCGUUUAUGACCUUGUGACGUUCGCACUCGCGAUCAUCCUACUCAUCAGCAUCAUCGUAUACUUCAAAGUACCAGGAUGGUCCGAACCGACGAGCGCUGCGCUGCUGUCGCUGAUAUUCGCCCUCUACGCAUGGGCGUUCCUCCCGCAAACCUAUCUACUGUCGUUCUGGAUCAAAACUCCCGCUUCCGGAGUAACCAAGCUGCUGUUGCUUAAUCUGUUCGCUGGGGUUUUAGUCUCACUAGUAUCCGCAAUGUUGCUUUACUACAAGCAGAACUUCACAGCGAAUACUGUAGUUCAAGCUAUGCAUUUCCUGCCCAUUUUCACAUUGUUCAAAAUCUUAACUAAAUUUGGAUCACAACCCAACACAUCGGAGCAAUGCUUUUUUGAAUGCUACGAGACAAGCAAAUGCUCUAUUCAAACCAUCUGCGAACAUCUACCGAAAUGUUGUAACAAAAUGGAUCUACUAACAUUCGAGGAUAAUGGAAUUUUACGAGAACUGUCCCAUCUACUAGCGGUUGGUGUUCUUUGCUGGAUAUUGAUAGGUUGCAUUGAACACAAGCUGCACAGAAAAUUGCUUUGCCGAAGGCCGAUCCGUGCAUCGACUAGAGACCUUUACAACACCGAUUCGGAUGUGCUGGAGGAAAAGCUUCGGAUAAGUAAAAUGACCCAGGAGGAAAUUGGCCAACACAGCGUAGUGUUAAAGAACUUGAGCAAACGCUACGGAAUGAAUCCUGCGGUGAAACGGCUCAGUGUCGCCAUGGACGCGGGGGAAUGCUUUGGUCUGUUGGGAAUGAAUGGAGCCGGUAAAACGACGACUUUCAAAAUGCUGGUAGGAGACGAGUCCAUCACAUCUGGAAAAAUAUGGUUCAAUGGCGUAGACGUUCGUAGUACUAAUGUAAACGUAGGUUAUUGCUCUCAAUUUGGAGGAUUGCUCAAUGAGUUGACAGGAGCGGAAACUGUUCGAAUUUUCGCCCUGCUUCGCGGUGUUCAUGGUGACGAUGUCAAGAAAAUGAUAUCCGGAUUGGCUGAAGAUUUAUCCUUCAGCAAACACCUGGAUGUUCGAACGAAAAACUACAGUAUCGGAAAUCAGAGGAAGCUAAGUACGGCGCUGGCGAUUAUGAGUCCAUCUAUUAUUUUACUGGAUGAACCUAGUUCCGGUUUGGAUCCUGGUGCUAAGAGACGAUUGUGGAAUGUAAUUAAUCGUGUGCGGGAAGCCGGUCGAACUAUUGUAUUGACAACACACAGUAUGGAUGAGUGCGAAGCACUUUGCACCAGACUUUCGAUAAUGGUGAAUGGCGAGCUCAAAUGUCUAGGUUCUACUCAACAUCUAAAGAACAGAUUUUCCCAGGGAUUUAUGAUAAAUGUCAAAAUGCAAAAAUCAGAUGAUCUCAAAAGCAACAUUUCUGAUGUUAAGGAUUUUAUCAAAAAGCGCUUUAGCGAUGCUCAACUAAGGGAAGCGCAUGAUGAAUAUUUGAGUUUCUUCAUUCCACCAACGCAGCAGAAGUGGUCAAAAAUGUUCGGUAUAAUGGAUGCCUCGAAAAACUCGCUCUCAAUUGAAGAUUAUACCAUCUGUCAGACCACUCUGGAACAGGUGUUCCUACAUUUUACGAAAAAUCGAAAACAACAAUGA